GCGCCGUUGCCAAGCCAAUUGUAGCAGGUUAAUCCAUGCGACGGAGCUGCGUCAACGGCGUUGUUGGUUGGCAUCCGCCGAACACCCUCCGCACACCAACAACACCAGAACUAGUGUAGGAGCCACCACCCGUCUUCGGAUUUCGCCUAUAACGUGAUCUACCCGAUUCCCUCCCGCUUGCGAAGACCGCCUUCUGCCCGACCAUCGCUUAGGAGCUUGGUUUAUAUCCCCCUCCUCCUUCCGCCGACCACCCCUCUCACUGAGUCAGCCCAACCACCAACCGCCAACCUUUCAACAUGUCACAAAUCCACUCCCUGUCCGACGACCAGGUCGGACAGGAGCUCCGGAAGAUGACCGCCUUCAUCAAGCAAGAAGCGGCGGAGAAGGCGCGCGAGAUCGAGAUCAAAGCCGACGAGGAGUUCGCCAUCGAAAAGUCCAAGCUGGUGCGCCAAGAAACGGACGCCAUCGACUCGACAUACCAAAAGAAGUUCAAGCAGGCGACCAUGUCACAGCAGAUCACGCGGUCGACCAUGGCCAACAAGACGCGGCUGCGCGUGCUGAGCGCGCGCCAGGAGCUGCUGGACGAGAUCUUCGCGGCGGCCGAGAAGCGGCUCGGCGAGGCGAGCGCCGACGAGGAGCGGUACACGACCGUGCUGAAGGGGCUGGUCUUGGAGGGCUUCUAUGCCAUGAACGAGCCCGAACUGCAGAUCCGCGCGCGCAAGGCGGACUAUGAGGUUGUGCGGAAGGCGAUCGAAAAGGCCGCCGCUGAGUAUAAGGAGAAGACUGGCAAGGAGGUGGCGGCCACCAUCGACGAGGAGAAUGACGUGCCCGACGGGAGCGCGGGUGGUGUGGUGAUCGUGGGUGGCAACGGUAAGAUCGAUAUCAACAACACAUUUGAGGCCAGGCUGGAGUUGCUCAGGGAGAGCGCUUUGCCCGCCAUGAGGAAGGCUCUGUUUGGCGAGAAUCCUAAUCGCAAGUUCUUCGACUGAGCCACUUCUGCUCAUCUCGUCAGAGGGCGUUACUUGCAAUCCGACCUCAGGGAUAUCAGCUCAUAUACAUGACUGGGAUUUAUGCUUGGGAAAACAUUAUUGAUUAUCAUGACCGCGAGGUAGAGCCACGCUAAG